CCCGUGCUGGCUUAUAUCGUCUCCGUGUGUAAAACUGUGUGCAUACUGCAUCCCAUUGUAUCAGUAAGUGUACCCCGCACUCCGCACACAGAAAAUACACCGUACACAGUUGUAUAGGUAUAGUUCAGGGGAUCGGCAGCAAAAUGGCAGCGUGCGACUCGACCACGGACGACAGCCUUUAUCCGAUCGCUGUUUUGAUCGACGAACUCAAAAACGAAGAUGUACAGUUACGGCUAAACUCGAUAAAGAAACUUUCGACGAUUGCCCUCGCCUUGGGCGUCGAAAGAACACGUAGCGAAUUGAUACCAUUUCUGACUGAGUCUAUGUACGACGAGGAUGAGGUUCUAUUGGCAUUGGCAGAACAACUUGGCCAGUUCACUCCUCUCGUCGGAGGUCCAGAAUAUGUACACUGUCUACUGAAACCUCUUGAAAGUUUGGCGACAGUCGAAGAGACUGUGGUUCGAGAUAAAGCAGUAGAGUCUUUGAGGACCAUCGCUGCUCAACACAGCCCGACAGAUUUGGAAGAGCAGUUCUUGCAGUUGAUAAUUCGUCUAGCGACAGGAGAUUGGUUUACAUCGAGAACAUCGGCAUGUGGUUUAUUCAGCGUUUGUUACCCGCGCGUCGGUCCAGCGGUCAAAGAAUGUUUGAGAAAUCAUUUUCGGAAUUUGUGCCAAGACGACACCCCAAUGGCUCGUCGGUCAGCCGCGUCGCAUUUAGGCGAAUUCGCGAAAGUGAUGGAACUCGAAUACGUGAAGGCAGAUUUGAUUCCGAUGUUCGUCAUUCUGGCGCAGGAUGAACAGGAUUCAGUACGCCUUCUGGGCAUCGAAGCUUGUGUCAGCAUUGCGACCCUGUUGCCGCAAGAGGAUGUAGAACAAUUACUUAUGCCCACGCUUAGACAAUGCGCCAGCGACCAGUCAUGGCGUGUACGUUACAUGGUAGCAGACAAAUUCACUGAUCUUCAGAAAGCUGUAGGUCCAGAGAUCACGAAAACGGAUCUCGUACCGGCGUUUCAAGUAUUAUUAAAAGACAUGGAAGCCGAAGUGCGAGCUGCUGCAGCCGAUAAAGUCCGCGACUUCUGUCAAAACCUCGACAAAUUCAAUCAAGAAUCUAUUAUUAUGAACAACAUAUUACCGAUAGUUAAGGAAUUAGUGUCAGAUCCGAACCAACACGUAAAAUCAGCUUUAGCCAGCGUCAUAAUGGGUCUUAGUCCAAUACUUGGAAAACACAACACGAUCGAACAUCUGUUACCUUUAUUUUUAACACAACUGAGAGACGAUUGUUCAGAAGUUCGUUUAAAUAUUAUCAGUAAUUUAGAAUGCGUCAACGAAGUGAUUGGGAUACAGCAACUUUCACAAUCGUUAUUACCAGCUAUCGUAGAAUUAGCUGAAGACUCGAAAUGGCGCGUACGAUACGCUAUCAUAGAAUACAUGCCACUGUUGGCUGGUCAGCUUGGAGUCGAAUUCUUCGACGAGAAAUUGAAUUCAUUAUGCAUGACUUGGUUGGUAGAUCACGUAUAUGCUAUUAGAGAAGCAGCCACGUUAAAUUUGAAGAAAUUAGUAGAAAAAUUCGGGCCUGAUUGGGCGCAGAACACCGUAAUACCCAAGGUUCUAGCAAUGUCGAGGGAUCAAAACUAUCUUCACAGGAUGACAUGCCUAUUUUGUAUUAACGUAUUGGCAGAAGUGUGCGGUCCGGAAAUAACUACUAGGGUGAUGCUCCCGACAGUACUUGGAAUGGCCACUGAUAAUGUCGCGAAUGUACGAUUUAACGUUGCUAAGACUCUCCAAAAGAUUGGGCCUUAUCUCGAGCCUUCUGCCGUACAGACACAGGUGAAGCCUGUGCUCGAUAAACUGAACACCGAUAGCGACGUGGACGUGAAAUACUUUGCUUCAGAAGCAAUCGCAGGCAUCGCAGCGUAGGUUGAACAAAAGAACGAAUGCAUUUAAAAUUUAUUCAUCAAUAUACAGAACCUCGAUAUCAAGAAGUAACCCGACGCGAACAUUUACAUUUACACGUGGCAACAAGUAAUAUUAUUGCACAGAUCAGAGCAGAUUUAAUGUCAGAGAAGGUAUGGAAAUGAAAUUAUUAGUUCAUAUUAAACAAUAUUCUUAAGUUCUGUUAUAUCUGUAUAUCUAUAAUUAUAUUAUUAAAUAUUCGAUUUAAUUGGUAACAUGUAUUUCUUAUGCGUACCUAAUUAAUUAUUUGAGAAAGUAACGUAGAAAGAGUACUCGGAAACAUUCCUGAAAUCAGACACCCUUUCAUUAGAAUCUGCUCUUCCACGUUCACCGAUCAAAAAUUUACUUUGCCUUUUAAUAAUCAAUAUUUUCAUUUGGUAUGUAACAUUGUUAAAUGUUGUCUUUGUAAACAUAACAAUAAAAUUAACAAUGUACAAUA